AGGGCCCAGAGUGGUGGGCAGCAGGGGGCGGGGGAGCCGGCUAUCCAGCAGCAUUCUGGGUAAAGCCCCUUCCCGGAGCUCGCGUCCUAGCGGCUGCAGGGAGGCGGGCGGGCGGACCAGCGAGCGCUCCACCCCGCCCUCUCGGCCGCAAGCCGGCCGGGGACCCGCCCCCCCGUGGCCUCGGGCAGCGCCGGCUGGACGGAGGGGGAGAGCGGCUGCCGCGGAGGGAAAGGGGUUUGCAGGCUGGGACCUGGGAGGAUGCAGCAUCCGCCGUACCUCUCGAUUCCCCUGCGAAUCCCUCCUACCCGCAUUCAAGUUAUUUUCUUUAAGACCUCCUUUGCGGGGCCCGGAGACUGGCGCGCCUCGUCAGCUCUAACCCUGUCCGACCCGGAGCUCGGUCCCUCCGGCGUCACCGGUGAUGGCUGCUUGCUUCUGCUUCUCUCCCCGCUUUGACAUGCAACGCACAGCUUUGUCUGGUUUUUGCAGUUUGGGGAAGAUGAUUACAGCUAAGCCAGGGAAAACACCGAUUCAGAUAUUACACGAAUACGGCAUGAAGACCAAGAACAUCCCGGUUUAUGAAUGUGAAAGAUCCGACGUGCAAAUACACGUGCCCACUUUCACCUUCAGAGUAACCGUUGGUGACAUAACCUGCACAGGUGAAGGUACAAGUAAGAAGCUGGCGAAACAUAGAGCUGCAGAGGCUGCCAUAAACAUUUUGAAAGCCAAUGCAAGUAUUUGCUUUGCAGUUCCUGAUCCCUUAAUGCCUGACCCUUCCAAGCAACCAAAGAACCAGCUUAAUCCUAUUGGCUCAUUACAGGAAUUGGCCAUUCAUCAUGGCUGGAGACUUCCUGAAUAUACGCUUUCCCAGGAGGGAGGACCUGCUCAUAAGAGAGAAUAUACCACAAUUUGCAGGCUUGAAUCAUUCAUGGAAACUGGAAAGGGGGCAUCAAAGAAACAAGCCAAGAGAAAUGCUGCUGAGAAAUUUCUUGCCAAAUUCAGUAAUAUUUCUCCAGAGAACCACAUUUCUUUGACAAAUAUGGUAGGGCAUUCUUUAGGUUGUACUUGGCAUUCCUUAAGGAAUUCUCCUGGUGAAAAGAUCAACUUACUGAAAAGAAGCCUCCUCAGUAUUCCAAAUACAGAUUACAUCCAGCUGCUUAGUGAAAUUGCGAAGGAACAAGGUUUUAAUAUAACAUAUUUGGAUAUAGAAGAACUGAGUGCGAACGGACAGUACCAGUGUCUCGCUGAACUGUCCACCAGUCCCAUCACGGUCUGUCAUGGCUCGGGGAUCUCCUGCAGCAGUGCGCAGAGUGAUGCAGCUCACAAUGCUUUGCAGUAUUUAAAGAUAAUAGCAGAGAGAAAGUAAACUUGGAACAACUGAGAAAACCCUCCAGUAGCACCUAAGAAGUUCCCCUUUCACCCCUUCCCAAGUAAAACAUGUAUUAUAAUGUUUGAGUUUGUGUGUUGGUUUUAAAUCUCUUCAUAGAUUCCAUCAACACUCCAGAUUUAAUUAUCUCCUAGUAGUUGUUACUAAGAUGUUUUUAAUGGCUUCAACUUUGUAUUGGUAUAUUGUAUUUAUAAACUUUGUACCAUAGGCAGAGUGUAGCACCCAUUUUCCAAUGCCCUGUACAUAGAAGGGAAAAACUGCAUGUUUGUUGUUGAUGAUGAUGGUGAAAUAAAACUGCUAGCAAGUCUUUACUACUGGUGCUUAACCUCUUUGCACAAGGCUUUGUAAAGGGAUUUCAAAGGAAGCCCCUUAGAAUUAGUGUUGAGGAAUGCGCUAACAGGUUUUAACUGAAUGCAGUUGUUAAAUUUCAGAGAACACGAUUGGUCUGUGUAUUUGAAUCCAUGUAAUAAAGAGCUGUUGUUAUAAUGGG